CAUCAUCUCUCCAUAUACUUGCCUCUCUUUACUCUUUUUCUUCCUUUAUUUUCCUACUCAUCUCCUUCGAAACUCUUCACCAUUAUUAUUAUUCCCAUCCUAAGAAACCUCUCUCUCUUUUUCUCUCUCUCUGGUAACACACAUGGCCACUGGCCAACUUAGGAAGCUUAUAGUUGAAGUUGUGGAUGCUCGUAACCUCUUGCCUAAAGAUGGACAUGGAUCCUCCAGUCCUUACAUCGUGGUCGACUACUAUGGCCAACGAAAACGGACACGAACCAUAGUGCAUGACUUGAACCCGACGUGGAACGAGGUUCUCGAGUUCAAUGUCGGGCCACCAUCGAGUGUGUUCGGAGAUGUUUUGGAACUUGAUGUGAUCCAUGAUCGAAGCUACGGGCCAACAAGACGAAACAACUUUUUGGGACGGAUCAGAUUGAGUUCUACUCAAUUUGUGAAGAAAGGAGAAGAGGCUUUGAUUUAUUUUCGUUUGGAGAAGAAGAGUCUCUUUAGUUGGAUUCAAGGAGAGAUUGGCUUGAAAAUUUAUUACUCUGAUUGCGUUACACCUGCAAGGGUUGAGGAGGGAGAUGCAAUCAAUACAGUUGAGCAACCAACGACUGAAGGCGAUGCAAUUAAUACAGUCGAUCAACCAACGACUGAGCCAGAACUAAAGCCCAAAGAGCAAAAACCAGAGCCAGACUCAGAACUAAAGCAAUCACCUUUGUUGGAACAACAAGAUGUCACCCAACAAACGGACGAACUAGCAAGUAUUGAAGGCCAAAUCGCUCCAACAACAGAAAAUUUGGCAGAUAAGGGCAAUGCAGCUCCGGAAGUAGAAACUUUGGGAGUCGAGAGCAGUACUAGUCCCACAGAAAUUCCAACUCCUGCUGUUGAAACGGUGUCAUCAGAAACCCAUCCACCGGUGGAAGCGAUGGAACAAGGCCGGGAGGCGCCACCAAAAACAUCAUCGGAAGAGAAGCAACCGACAGCAGAGUCAAAAGAAGAAGCAGAAAUCAACUUGACGCCACAACCAAUUAAAAGAUCGAUGCCGAUACCAAGCUACACAUUGGAGGCAACAGAAAGUCGAACAAUGGAACAAUCCACAUUUGAUCUUGUAGAGAAGAUGCAUUACCUCUUCGUGCGAGUAGUAAAAGCACGCUCACUCGCCACUAAUAGCCAUCCAAUAGUGCAAAUCGAAGCAUUUGGAAAACGUAUCAAAUCAAACCCAGCCAGAAAGAGCAACGUGUUUGAGUGGGACCAAACAUUUGCAUUUAGCCGCGGUGCAGCGGAUUCUGCCUCCAUGAUGGAAAUUUCAGUUUGGGAUGGCAAAGUAAACGACGCCGUAUCACCAACUGACGUGGACGGACGCAAUUUCUUGGGUGGCUUGUGUUUGGACGUAUCAGAUAUUCUAUUGCGUGACCCACCAGAUAGUCCACUGGCCCCACAAUGGUACAGAUUGGAAAGGGAAAGAAACGACGCCGCUUUUGGUGGGUAUUUAAUGUUAGCCACGUGGAUUGGUACUCAAGCCGACGAUGCGUUUCCCAACGCGUGGAAAACAGAUGCCGGUGGGAAUUUUAACUCUAGAGCAAAAAUUUACCAAUCGCCAAAAAUGUGGUAUCUACGCGCCACAGUCAUUGAAGCACAAGACGUCGUUCCGAUCACCGCUGUGAAAGAAGCUUUGUUUCAAGUCAAAGCUCAACUUGGCUUCCAAGUUUCCGUAACAAAACCCGUCGUGACCCGAAAUGGCGCUCCGUCGUGGAAUCAGGAUUUGUUCUUUGUUGCCGCUGAGCCAAUGACCGACCACUUGAUCUUCACCGUUGAGAGUCCUCGUAGCUCGAAGUCUCCGACCGUCAUCGGAGUUGUAAAAAUCCCACUCACUGACAUUGAGCGGCGAGUGGAUGACCGAAAAGUGACAGCACGGUGGUGCACACUCGCCGGAGUUGUGGAUGAAAAGGGAUCAUCUUACACAGGAAGAAUUCAGUUGAGGUUGUGCUUUGAUGGAGGGUAUCACGUGAUGGAUGAGGCGGCGCACGUGAGUAGCGAUUAUCGGCCGACGGCGAGACAGCUGUGGAAGCCGCCGGUAGGUGUGAUUGAAAUUGGUGUGAUCGGAUGCAGGGAUUUGGUUCCAAUGAAGUCCACGGCGACCGGAAAAGGAUCCACCGAUGCGUAUUGUGUUGCAAAAUAUGGGUCUAAAUGGGUCCGAACUAGAACGGUGAGCAACAAUUUUGAUCCCAAAUGGAAUGAACAAUAUACGUGGCAGGUUUACGAUCCAUGUACGGUUUUGACAAUUGGAGUUUUCGAUAGUAUGGAAGAAUCUGAAAAUGGUGAUCGACCUGAUUCACGAAUCGGCAAAAUACGAAUACGAAUCUCCACCUUAAAAACUGGUAAGGUAUAUAGAAAUUUUUACCCUCUCCUCCUUUUAACCACUGCUGGUACAAAAAAAAUGGGUGAACUUGAAAUCGCUGUUCGAUUCGUUCGUUCGGCACCGCCGUUGGAUUUCUUACACGUGUACUCCCAACCAUUGCUGCCGUUGAUGCACCACGUGAAGCCUCUCGGAGUUCGGCAACAGGAUUUGCUCCGAGGCGCGGCAGUGGAGACGGUGGUUGGUCAUUUUUCCAGAUCGGAGCCGCCGCUUCGACGGGAGAUCGUUGUAUUCAUGCUGGAUGCCGAAUCACAUAGCUUUAGCAUGCGAAAAAUUCGUGUGAAUUGGUACAGAGUCAUCAAUGUGGCCUCCACCAUCAUCGCCGCUGUGAAAUGGAUCGACGAUACUCGAUCGUGGCGGAAUCCGACGGCCACCAUACUAGUCCACGCGUUGCUGGUGAUUCUGAUUUGGUUCCCUGAUUUGAUCAUUCCGACGAUUUCAUUUUACGUUUUUGUCACGGGCGCAUGGAAUUACAAAUUGCGAUCGUCGGAGCAUAUUCCGAGUUUCGAUUCAAAGCUUUCAAUGACGGACAUCGUGGAACGAGAUGAAUUAGAUGAAGAGUUCGAUGACGUACCGAGCACGAGAUCAGCAGAAGUUGUACGGAUGAGAUACGAUAAGUUGAGGGUGAUUGGGACACGUGUGCAAAGUUUAUUGGGGGAUUUAGCAACUCAAGGGGAGCGUGUACAGGCGUUGGUGACAUGGCGUGACCCACGUGCCACUGGUAUUUUUACUGGGAUAUGCUUUGCGGUGGCAGUGGUGCUCUACGUUGUGUCGUUGAGGAUGGUGGCAGUGGCGUUCGGGUUUUAUUACCUCCGCCACCCAGUUUUUCGAGAUCGAUUGCCAUCACCGGCUCUUAACUUCUUAAGAAGACUUCCGUCUUUGUCAGAUCGAUUAAUGUAGACUGUAUAGAGAUGUUUGAAGAAUAGAUAGGGGAGGAAACAUUUUUAAAAAUUAUUCAAUAUGAUUGUGAAAUAACGUUAUUGACAAAUUUGGUAUGGUU